GAUCUUUUAUCUCUGAAAAUUUGUGAAGCAGCUCAGGACGGUUAUGGCUCCUCGGGAAAAUUCUAAUGAGCCCGGCGGCACGCCAGUGCCAGUCGAAACAGGUUUUGCCACUCUGGCGACCCUGAGGAUCGGGGUGAAAGCUUUCGUUGAGAAGGACGGUGAGACUCGCAAAGCAGAAAUUCUAUCCAUCCAGACGCGUCGUGGAAAGCCAACCUUCUACGUCCAUUAUGAAGAGUUCAACAAACGUCUCGACGAGUGGAUUGCGGCAGACCGCAUCGACCUCUCGCGAGAAGUGGAAUGGCCCGUCCCAGAGAAACCAGAAAAGAAGAAGACUGCGACCACUCAGAAGUCCCAAGCUCCGUCAAAGUCAGACCAAAAGAAUCUGAAGAGGUCGCGGAGUAAGCUGGACAAAGAGCUUUCGGCAACCCCAGAAGCAACAAACAUCAACCUACCUGGAAAGGCGCCACGCGCGACCAAAGCAAGUGGAAAAGAGAACAAGGAGUUAUUGGUGACAAGUGAGAUUACUGAUGGCUUAACCCCAAGACCUGAUGAUGAGGAGGACCUCGUAGACGUCCAAGAUGCAGCAGCCGCAGCCAAAGGAGCACCCGCAGAACACUACUCGCGUGAGGAUGAAAUCGAGAAACUUCGAACAUCAGGAUCUAUGACGCAAAAUCAGACAGAGAUCUCUCGAGUGCGUAACUUGGAGAAGAUUCAAAUGGGAAAAUUCGAGGUCGAACCCUGGUACUUCUCGCCUUACCCCAUUGAUUUUGUAGAUUCGGAAAUGGUCUACAUCUGCGAGUUCUGUCUCUCCUACUACCCCGAAGUGACGGAAUUCGAGCGGCACCGUGCAAAGUGCAAUCUACUCCAUCCACCUGGCAACGAAAUCUACCGCGAUGACUACGUCUCCUUCUUCGAAAUCGACGGAAGGCGCCAAAGAACUUGGUGCCGCAACCUCUGCCUCCUCUCCAAACUCUUCCUUGACCACAAGACCCUCUAUUACGACGUCGAUCCUUUUCUCUUUUAUUGCAUGUGCACGCGCGACGAACACGGUUGCCACCUUGUAGGUUACUUCUCCAAAGAAAAAGAAUCAGCUGAAGGCUACAAUGUGGCUUGCAUUCUCACCCUCCCGCAAUACCAGCGCAAAGGCUUUGGUAAACUCCUCAUCGACUUCUCUUACCUCCUCUCCAAACGCGAGGGCAAACUCGGCUCGCCUGAAAAACCCCUAUCCGAUCUCGGGCUCCUGGGUUACCGUGCCUACUGGCAAGAGAUCAUCGUCGACUUGCUCAUUGACGGUAGGGUGGAAGCGAAUAUCGAAGACAUUGGAGCCGCGACCGCGAUGACGACGAACGAUGUGUUGCAUACGCUGCAGAAUCUGAAUAUGCUGAGGUACAACAAGAACCAGCAUGUCAUUGUAUUGACGGACGCGGUCAUUGCGCAGAGGGAAAAGCAGAAGGCCAAGGAAAAAAUUAAGGGGAAGAGAACCAUUGAUCCAGAACGAUUGAACUGGAAACCGCCAGUCUUCUCGGCGGCAUCAAGGACGUGGAAUUGGUGAGGUUUAUUAUGCGGCUACGGUGCUUUCUGGAGUAAGGGAAUUGGUAUGCAAAGCGUGGCGUUGGUG